UACUUGACUAGAGUUCAUUCCCGAGUGUCCUCGAUUCCGCUCCCAUGUCCCUGCUUCCCAAAACAGAGCAAAACGACGUCCCCGUCGUCGACAUUGACAGCGACGAAAACGGCGUCGCCGCCGUAGCUCCUGCAAAAAACGACGCGUCGUCGCACAAGACUCCGUCGCCACAAGUUGAGCUUGUGCAGCAAGAAACCCCUGCGUCGGGUUCCGCUCUGUCUGCCUCCGACGGUCUGUCUCGAAGCUUCUGGAAAGCCGGGGACUACGUUGUUGGUCCCUCCUCAAAGCCCACUCCCUUCCAAGGUCACUUGGAACAUGCUCGGGUGCACCCCAAGUUUUUGCAUUCUAAUGCAACUUCCCAUAAAUGGGCUUUUGGAGCAAUUGCUGAGCUUGUGGAUAAUGCUGUUGACGAGAUUCAAAAUGGUGCAACUUUCGUGAAGAUUGAUAAGUUUGAUGUCAAGAAGGAUAAUUCACCAGCAUUAUGUUUUCUAGAUGAUGGUGGUGGAAUGAACCCUAAUGCAAUUCGAAAAUGCAUGAGCUUGGGUUAUUCAUCAAAGAAGUCAAAGACAACAAUUGGACAGUAUGGCAAUGGAUUCAAGACUAGUACCAUGAGACUGGGUGCUGAUGUUAUUGUUUUCAGUCGGGCAAUGCAUUCAGGCCGGGCAACGCAAAGUGUGGGUCUACUAUCCUAUACCUUUUUGCGUAGAACUGGGCAAGAUGAUGUAGUUGUUCCAAUGAUAGAUUUUGACAUAUCUGGUCAUUGGGCUGAGCCAAUUAUUUAUAGCUCACAGGAUGAAUGGUCAGCCAACUUGAAAACAAUUCUUGAUUGGUCUCCCUUCACAUCAAAGGAGGAGCUCAUGCUUCAGUUUGAUGAUAUAGGAUCACAUGGAACCAAAGUUGUAAUAUACAAUUUGUGGUUGAAUGAUGAAGGGAUAUAUGAAUUGAGUUUUGAUGAUGAUGCUGAGGAUAUUAUGCUGAGAGAUGAGGCCAACCAUGGAGCUGAGAAAAAUUUGAGGAAAAAAACUGUUCAGCUUCAGUCACAUAUUUCUUACCGCCUUCGUUUUUCUUUACGGGCAUAUGUUUCGAUGUUGUACCUUAGAAAAUUUUCUAACUUCUCAAUCAUACUAAGGGGGAAACUUGUGGAUCAAUUUAACAUUGCGGACGAUUUAAUAUAUUCAAAAGUAAUUCCAUAUAAGCCUCAGCUAGCCAUGGCAACAAAUGAGGCUAUAGCGGAGACAAAGACAACCAUUGGAUUUAUAAAGGAGGCUGCAGAAAUUAAGGUUACUGGAUUUAAUGUGUACCACAAAAAUCGCCUAAUCAAGCCCUUUUGGAAAGUAGUAGCUGAUGGUUCUUCAAAAGGGCGUUGUGUUGUUGGGGUUCUUGAAGCCAAUUUCAUAGAACCAGCGCAUGACAAGCAGGAUUUUGAGAGAUCGGUGCUGUUCAUUCGGUUGGAAAACAAGCUGAAACAAAUGACAAUGGAUUACUGGAGAGAUCACUGUCACUUGAUUGGAUAUCAGCCACUAAAUUUCAAGUCACAAAAAAAUGUAGUAAAAGAAGCCCACAUUCGAAAAUCAGCUCAACAUUCAAUUAAUCCACAGAAUCAGUUGCUUGCUGAUCAACAGGAUACUAGCUUGGUAGCUGAGCAUCAAAGCGACCUGAGUCAGCCAAUUGUGGGUCUUGCAGUGAUUGGCAUGCAAGGUUCGAGUCGUGAGCAGCUUGGUACGAUGCUAGAAACUCCAGUGUCUGUAUCUCCUGAUGAAAUCUGUGCAGAAAACAUAAAACUUUUCGAGAGGUGUGAGGAGUACAGGGAAAAGGAGACAGAAUUGAAACAGACGGUUGUGGACUUAGAGGAGGAAUUGAAACAAAUCAAGAAGAAAUGUGAUCUUCUAUCUUCACUCUUAGAGACUAAGAGGAAGGCGAAGAGUGUUAAGGGAUGAUAAUUACGUUAUGCAAGCAUCAUAUCAUCAAUGAGAGACAAGUUGAUUACCUUUCAAGUAAUGUCCGAGUGUAAAAGCACCUGUUUUUUUUUUUUUUUGGGGUACUCAGGAGGGCUAAACGACCAAACUACAACCAAACAUGUAGGGGCAAAGUUAUGCCCAUAGAAUCUUUACAAUGUAAAUGAAUGCACCUACCAGUUAGAACACCUGUUUUGUAUAUGUUCGUUCACCUCUGUUAGAACAACUCACUCUGGCUGGUUCGGAAGAAAAGGCAUACUAGACUUUGCACAUAUAGUAGAACUGAUUCAAGUAAUUAGAGGAAACUCUCUAUUUAAAGUUGCUAUUAACUGAAUCUAUGGAAACUUAUUUUUUCUUUUGAUGUUAUUAAAAGCUCUUGAAUUUGUUUAUCAA